AAGAACUCCACCUCUUGUAGCUCACUCAGUAACAGAUUAAAUGUAAAAGAUGCUGAUGAUGAAGAUAUUGUUUAUUAAGCUGCUGUUGGUGCAUUACGCAAUGCAGACUCAGACAAACAUUCAAAAAAACUGCCAUGAUGAUGUUUCACUGGAGUGUAAAGAUGAUGACAAUAGAGGCAGAGAGUUCAUCUCAGUGGCAUGGUACAAGGUCAACGACCAGUUGAAAAAAAAAGGCAUCAUCAGGAAAAAUAAAGGUGACGAGUCCCCGCAACCCUACAAGUUCAAUCGUACAGUCAUGUUUGGAGAGAAUCACAGUCUGUUUCUAUCGAAUGUGACAACUGAAGAUUCAGGAAUCUACGUCUGCUCCAUCAGUGCAGUUGUAGGGGGUCAAAAUGUGAAUCCCACAGUCAACCUGACAGUGCAUGCAUGUAUGACCCAGGCUCCCCCGACAGCAGUGACAAUGUUGGCGUUGAACACGACUCAAGACUCUGAACAACUUUCCCCCAAACACGUUGAGGACCUGCCAGUUAUGUGGAGCAUUGUUGGCUAUGUUGCAGUGGGCCUCGCCAAAAUCUUUUUAUCACUUAUCACCAUUUGGGUUAUUCGGUCCAUUCGUCUCAGAUCUUCAAGACAAAACCGGCAUAAGUGGUGAAGUUUUCUGUCUAAGGGAUUGUGUAAAUACAAAAACAACUUCUCAACAUCACUAUUUACAAGUUAAUUUUUUUUUUUUUAAACAUUAUUUAUUAUCUUUAACUUGUUUAUGGAGAGACUGUUUGUGGUAAAACUGUCAGUGUGUAAAAAUAUGUCAAUGUGGAAAACCAGAACCUCUUUACAGGCACAAAAGAGGUCAACUUAACCAAAAAAGGGUUUGUCAUAGCUGAACAGGAAAAAAGACAGGAUGUAUUACUUCUAGAGGAACAAAAAUACCCAUACACACCAUGAACACACUACUCUGUGUAAAUCUAUUACAGUAAUUCACAGCUGGAUUCAAAUACAUUGUAUAUGAUAUAUAGCUAGUUUACCUUUUAAACAUUGGACUCUUGUUUAAACAAACCACUGAUAUGUUAAUGGAAG